AUGGCUCAGGCAGUGUCAUUGUCAACAAUUGCUUCACCUAUUCUGUCCCAAAAACCAGCGAACUCUGUCAAAACACCACCUUACAUGGCCUCAUUUCCUUCAAGGAGGCAAUUGCCGAGGCUAGGACUGAGAAAUGUGAGAGCUCAGGCCGGUGGUGGUGAUAACAAAGAUAACUCCGUGGAAGUUCAUCGUGUUAACAAAGACGAUCAAGGGACUUCUGUAGAAAGAAAGCCUCGCAGAAGUUCCAUGGACAUUUCACCCUUUGGUUUAUUGGACCCAUGGUCACCUAUGAGAAGCAUGCGUCAAAUGCUAGACACAAUGGACAGAGUUUUCGAAGAUGCAAUGACGAUUCCUGGAAGAAGUAACAUUGGAGGAGGUGAGAUACGCGUCCCUUGGGAAAUCAAAGAUGAAGAACAUGAAAUCAGAAUGCGUUUUGAUAUGCCUGGUAUUUCUAAGGAAGAUGUUAAGGUAUCAGUGGAAGAUGAUGUUCUUGUGAUAAAAAGUGAUCACAAAGAGGAAAGUGGUGGAGAAGAUUCUUGGUCAAGAAAGAGUUAUAGUUCUUAUAAUACUCGUCUCAAGCUUCCUGAUAACUGUGAGAAAGAUAAGGUUAAAGCUGAGUUGAAAGAUGGUGUGCUUUAUAUUAGUAUUCCUAAGACUAAAGUUGAACGCAAGGUUAUUGAUGUUCAAAUUCACUGA